AUGGGCAUUGGGACAGCACCGCUGCAGCCGCAUCACGACUCUCAACCGUCCUUGCUGGACGCCUGGAUGGCAGUCUCAGCCAGGGUGACCGAGUAUGUUGGCUGGACCCCUGAAGAAAUUGAGAUCGAUGGCGACAAAAGCCUCCUUGCUGCAGCCCUACUCGAAGACCGGCUGUGUGUGAUCAGCGACGGUUCUUAUAAGCUUGGUCUGGGCGCGGCAGCGGUUCAACUGCUUCCACGUAAGGGUGGCACGGAACGCAUUAUCGUCCGGUGCCAGACUCCGGGUCUCCCCGAUGACCAGAGCGCGCACCGGAGUGAAUCAAUUGGCCUAUUGGCCGGUAUCAUGGUUGUUGAUUGGCUCCUGGACCAGUGGACAAACAAAAAUCGCUUUGAGCUCUACCAAAAGCAAAUACACUAG